AUGGCCAGCCAGUCCCAGGGUAUCCAGCAGCUCCUGCAAGCCGAGAAGCGGGCGGCUGAGAAGGUGGCAGAUGCCAGAAAGAGGAAGGCCCGGCGUCUGAAGCAGGCAAAAGAGGAGGCACAGACGGAAGUGGAGCAAUACCGCAGAGAGCGAGAGCAGGAAUUCCAGAGCAAGCAGCAGGCGGCCAUGGGCUCCCAGGGGAACCUGUCGGCUGAGGUGGAGCAGGCUACAAGGCGCCAGGUGCAAGGCAUGCAGAGCUCCCAGCAGAGAAACCGUGAACGCGUCCUGGCCCAGCUUCUUGGCAUGGUCUGCGACGUCAGGCCCCAGGUCCACCCCAACUACCGGAUUGCUGCCUAGGACCCACUGUAGGGCCUGACUCCUCCUGCCAAUGCCCUGCCUCAAAGAAAUUCCCAUGUCAAAAUCACCUCCCACCAGCAUCCUUCUCUCCUUUCCAUUCCCUAGAAAGUCUAGGAGGCAGGAUCCAGUAAUUCUUCUGUGAAAUUUAUAAAUAUCUUGCUCAGACCUGAAUCUCCUUAUUGUUCUUUAACCUUCACUUGGACCUUUAAACUCUCAAGUCACUCUGAUCCGACACCUCUGUGAAAUUUGCAGCAUGGAGAAGUAGAGAUGUGCAAAACACCCUGACUUCAGAGCCUGGCAGGCUUGGGACCCUCUCCUGACCCUUCCACUUGCUGGCUGUGCAACCAGCACAAGCUACUUAACCUGUAGCCUCAGUGUCCUCCUCUGCAAGACUAGAAUGAUAAUAAUAAUAGUAAUGCCUACCUUAUGGGGUUGCAAUGAUUAGGAAUCAUUCUGUAAAGAGCCUGGCAUGGUGUCUGCCUUGUGGUAGCUGAUUCAAUAAAUGGCAACCCUGUGAUAUUAUUCCCACUCCCUGCCUCCCUGCCAAAGCCUAAACACAGCUUCCUCACUUCUGUCCGUGGUUCUCUAAUUCUGCUCAUUCAUUCUGUGACCUGAGUAAUUCUCUGAAGAAUUAGUUCUUCCCACCUCUCUUUUCUCAGAGACCUUAUGAUCCAUGAAAAGAUGAAAUGAUGACCUCAUUUAGCCCCUCUGCAGUGGUUCCAGGAAGAUUUUGCAUUUCUUAGCCACUCUUUUUCUCUAAAUUGGUCUUUCUCUUUAUUAGAUUUUCCCCUUUUCCUAUUUCCCCAAAGACCCAUCAGAUGCUCACUGCUUCUUGAGAUCUAAAGUGAUGCUGUGUCCCUUCGAAUGCAUGGCCCUCCUUUCUACAUCCUCAACACCUUACUUUCCCUUUGUAACAAUAAAGAAGUGUCAAUAAAAUAGCUAUGGGCAAAUCAA